AUGCCAACGCAGAGCUCUCGCCGUUGGAGACGAGACUUCGGUGCGCCCCGGACGCGAGGAAGGAAAGUAUUGCUCCGUUUUCUUUUCCUCGCUUUGUGUAUCUUUUCCCUCUGCGUGCUUCUAUUUUUGCUCUUCUCAGAGGCCGGUACAGGGUCUCUGGGGGAGGAGCUGACUCCGAGGGAGCUGCCAGAGCCCGCUACAAAUGUUUUCUUCACACGCGUCAGCUUUGCCAUGAGUGACGCCAUGGCCACGGCCUGGCGCACCUCUAGCAGUCGGCUUGAAUUCUCAGCAAAAAUGUGGGUGGAACGUGUUGCGGUUCGUUCUCCCGACGCUGCUGCUGCUGCUCCGCCGCUUCCUGCUGUGCUGCAGAAGGCAAUUGUGUCGGCCACAUUGUACGGGAAAAGUUCAUUGAAGCUCCACCGCACCAAACGAAGGUCACUGUAUAUUCGUAGCGAUGUUCCCAUUCAGUUUUCAAACUCAAACCCUGCUUUGAAUUCCAACCCAUUCAGGCGAAAUACGACGGUGGCCUUGAGGGAAUUUAUUUUGCUUUCUUUGUGGGAGGACACCCAUCGCAUCGCAUAUCGCACUUCUGUCGAUUUGCUGCAACAGCUCGAUUUGAUGUUUUCAUUUGCGCAACUGGUGGAGCUACGCUGCUAUCCUUCGUCGCCUGCGCCACCGGUGAGCCAUCCAUGUGCGCCGUCUGUGCCCGGCGUCUCUGUCAGCGAUGGCGCCCGCAAGGGGCGGACGCUGGGCGUGUACCUCGCGAUUGAGCCGCCUGCACCGGCGAUUUGGCGGCGAAUGAAGGAGGCCUUUGCCGUCUUUGAUGAGGUGGCGGAUGAACCGCUGAAUACCAUUCUUGAUGCCCUGCGCCGUGGCUCUCAUGCCACCUUGCAAAAGCGUGAGUACGAGCGGGCUAUGGAGCACGUCACACGUAUCACGUACUGGAGGCAAAUGUGGCGUGCCACAAAGGACUCCUAUUCAGGCAACUUGGAGCAGGCGCUUGAGAUAGGCUCACGCAACUUUCUGCAGUUUCGCGAACCUCGCCAUGAUUUGUCCCAUGUACCGAGUUACGUGAAAAACAGCUCUUUUUUGCAUGCUUAUCGGCUUCUGGAGAAGGACCCAUGGCUCUACGGCCUCCACAAUGAGACGGACGACAAUAGGACGACUGACAAGGAGAAUCAAUUUCUUGACAUGCCACAGUACAUGGCAUGGAUUGCCGUCAACACCAUACUGCAAAAUGGAGAUUAUGAUGAUGAGGCGCUUUUUUAUGGGGUACUCAGGUCAGCCGAGGCGGCGCCAGCGAAGGCUCAGCUGCCGAUUUAUCUGGGCCUGAUGGGGUGGGACUAUGACAACGUCUUUGCCCCAUGCCACCGCAAGCCGUGGUUUAAAGCAUCUGUCAUGUAUUGUGCUGAGACGACACUUGAUAACACCAUUUAUGAGACUCCAAUGCUGUUCAACAGGUACGCCGACAUACUUUGGGAGAUGGUGCAGCGCAUUGACAGAGAGCGAUUUGGUCGGUCCGUUCGGUUGGCGGAGAGCGAGCUGCGAACAAUUCUUCACGGGGCGCCAGGUGCGACGGUGGCAACGUUUAACCAGGUCACCCGCAAUGAUGACGCUGGCGUGCGGUGGAUUAUGGGCGCCUUCUUGGAACAGCGGCAGGAUGUGCUUCGGGCGUUGGCAGCCUAUUUUCCUACGAAUGAGGUUUCGCAGCUCGAUCAAACGAGUGAAAGAGAUGAUAGGAAGUUAGAGCUUUACAACAUGGAGGCACAUCGCGAACUGAUGAGGCGCCUUUCUGCCAUUAUCAAAGUUAGAGAGUCACGUGUUAGCGUGCGAUGGGGGUUUUCCAUUGCAAUGAUACAGUCUGCGAUAGGGCUAGACCUUCCAGAGGCGGAUGUGUAUGAGCUUCCUUCCCCCGGUAUGUACUGUGCACGCGUUUCUACUUCGGAGUCCUUCUUUGCGGGUGUCGGCCUCUUGCCCUCCUUCAAGGGCCGUGAUAGAUGGAAGGGGAAGGGCUACUGGGUUGUGGAUAUGCCGUUGGUGGAGCAAAGUGCGCUACGUGGCAGUGCGGAAUUUGGGCUAUGGAGCUUCAGCAAGCCUCAGCCCAUGCAUUACCCGAUAGUAAUACCUGCUGCAGGUGCCAAGCUUAGCGUUGUUGUGCCACCUGUGUGGCCUCAAGACGCCCAAGAGACGCACGGUGUUUUUGUUGCCCGUGUACUUUUUCCAAAGAAGGGCUCAGGAAGCUCGGUGCUCCAGUGGUCCAGAACGAACACACCCAUCUCGACAGCUGAUGCCGUCUCGCAACAGACCAUGAUUAUACGUGGCUUCGGUGCCGUCCGCUUUGUUGUGAUGACAGAGAAGCGUGAAGACGAGUCCUUCGUCGCCGCGCGUCACGCGCAGGAAAAUACGCGUAGAGGCCCACUGUUGUUCGUUUCCAAUGCCCCCACCACGGAACUUGUUGUGCACGAAGCGAAUAUUACACACUCUUCGCCUCUCGCGUCCGUUGCGUCCCCACCGCGACCACCAUCUGCAGCGGAUGGCAUCGUCGACGCGAAAGGCGUCAGCUUUGGAAGCUAUCUCAUGAAAGGGACGGUGCUGCGUUGCCUACCUGAAAAUGCGACAGCGGCCGGACAGAGCGUGGGCCGGGGUCUCGCGGAGCGCUGGGCAGUGUGCCCCAUCUUUAUUCGUGGCUCCUUCGAGGUUCGUCGUGGGGCAACUCUGGAGGUGGCGGCGGGUUGUGUAGUCGUGAUGCUGCCUGCGGCGAUGCUGCGCACAUCGGGGAUGCUGCGGUUCGGCGGGACCGCGGCGGCGCCCAUUGUGGUCACCAGCGAAUCGAUGGGUCGCGCAGCUGUUUGGCGAACGGUCCUUGUCGACGGCCCCGCUGCCACUUUGCACGCAAAAUUUACGUUCUUUACCGGUUCUGGAGUGAAGGGGCUGCGGGUGCCAAACACGGGCAAGCAUCAUUCCCAUUCCGCCACCAUCUCUGCCACAAAUGGGGCCUCCGUGGUUCUCCGUCACAGCUUCCUGAUGGAGCUGCAAGGUGCGGGAAUCGCGGCCGGCAAAGGGGCCAAAGUGGAGGUUGAGGAUUCCUUGGUGCAGUGGGCUCAAAUGGGGAUCGAGUGUGUGGGAUGUACCUUCACCUCAAGGCGAUCGGUCUGGACACACUUUCCCUCUUGGGACGUGGUGUACGCCGAUGACGACAAUGACGCCAUGUAUCUCUCGAGUGGGAAACACCGCGUCAUUGAUAGCGUCAUCGCCCACACGAAAGACGACGGGAUUGACUCUGGCGCGAAAGGGAACGGUGGCUCCCUGGUUGUGCACAACACAAUUGUGGAGGGUUGCAUGCAUGAGGGGGUGGCGCUAUCUGCCGGCCCCAAAAGCCGUCGCGAGGUGGUUAUUUCUCACACCCUUGUGCAGUGCUGCCAGCAGGGCAUCGAGUCGGGCUACAGCUCGACGCAACACACGACGUCCAUCACGGCGUCUCUCGUUCGGCGCUGCGCCGUUGGUGUUCGUUACGGCGACAACUAUCACUGGUCGCACUGCGACGGGAGGCUGACGCUGCAGAACACAACGCUCGCCCAGAACGACGUGAAUGUGAUGAACUAUGAGCGGCGAUAUCAAACACCCAAAGGCCCCGAGUAUUUCCACUCCGAGACGGCGCUGUCGCGGCGCCAUUGGGAACUUCUGAAGGAGGCCGCACUUGGCUCCGCCCUUCCGCUGGCGGUGGCACCACCGGAGGCACUCGUUAUUCUACUCAUGGAUAGGCGACGACAACUGCUGCAACGAACCGAUUGGGAGGGCUGCAAGGACAUCUUCUCGCUGCCUGGUAACAGUAGUCUCGCAGUGAAUGAAACGGGCAUCGCUUUAACGCUUGCAGAGGAGCUGAUAAUAACUGGCAAUGUAACCGUUGUCGCUUGA